CAGUAUACAAUCUCACCAAAUCUCCUACAUACUUUCCCACAACAUCUCUCAUAUUAUCAUACAGCAACUAAAUAUGGCACCUCACGUCAGAAGAGCCUCAAGCGGACACUGGCGUGGAUCUCAUCCAACAUGAUGGGAAAACCACAUACGGUGACUGGCGCGACGAGUUCCACAAGUACGGCUGCGCAGUCGUGAAGAACGUCAUCACACCCGAGCGUGCAGAGUACUACAAGAAGAAGCAAAUCGAGUGGCUGCAAUCUUUUGGCCUGGGCUUUGAUCCCAACGACGAAUCGACUUGGACUGCUGAACAUCUUCCAGUCAGCUUCAAGGGUGGCAUGUACUUUGCUUACUCCAGCACCCAUGAGAAGUUUGUCUGGGAAGCCCGCACAGAACCCAAGGUUGUCGAUGUCUUCACUAAGCUGUGGGGAACGGACGAGCUUCUUUGCUCUUUUGACGGCAUGAACAUCACCUUGCCACGACAAAAGGACCUCACUUGGAGCCCAUGGCCUCACUGCGAUCAGAACGAGAAUCGCAAAGGAAUGCAGUGUGUACAGGGCCUGUUGAAUUACCAGCCAAAUGGUCCAAAGGACGGUGGUUUGAUCCUGAUGAAGGGAAGCGCGAAGCUUUUCGACGAGUUCUUUGCGGAGAAGCGCGAGCAAGACGAGCACGAGGACAAGCCACCGCCAGAGGAGGAGAUGAGGGAUCUCUUCAUCUUCAAAGAGGAAGACGUCAAGUGGUUCCAGGACAGGGGCUGCGUAUUGCAGAAGAUCAACAUGGAACCUGGUGACUUGGUACUUUGGGACAGCAGGACCAUGCAUUACGCAGAGCAUCCGCAAGGCGAUCUCAUCAGACACGUGCAGUACAUCUGCAUGACGCCUCGCAAGUUCGCGAAGAAGGAGGAUAUUGAGCUCAAGGCUAAGCUGUUCAAUGACUUCCAAGGCACGACACAUUGGCCUCAUUGCAACAUCCACAAGGCGGGUCCGCCGCUUCGUGAUGGAAAGCUCUGCCCGAAGAACAGGACGGAACCUCUCGAGAAGCCUGUUAUCACGGACCAGGUGUUGCGUUUAGCUGGCGCCAAAGCGUAUUAAUUAGUUUAAAUCAAUAUGUCUCAUUGAAAAUUCAA